AUGCUCGGCGGCCAGGCCAAUUGUCCCACGUUCACCGCGACGGCACUUGGUCGACAGUCGACAGGCGAUCAACGGCAAUCAAUGGCAUCUGAACAAAAGCCUGGCUGGACGCCAGCCUCGUGGCGCUCAAAGCCCAUCCGGCAGGCGGCCACGUACCCAGACCAGGCGAAGCUCGGCAAGGUCGUCAACGAGCUUUCUCGCCUACCCCCCCUCGUCCAUCCCAAUGAGAUUCUCGCCCUCAAGGCUCAUCUGCGAGACGUUGCCCGCGGCAGGGCCUUUCUCCUCCAGGGUGGCGACUGCGCCGAGCUGUUCGACUACUGCGAGCAGGGUGCCAUCGAGUCCAAGAUCAAGCUGCUGCUGCAGAUGAGCGUCGUCCUCAUCUGGGGCCUCAACAAGCCCGUCGUCCGAAUCGGUCGCAUGGCCGGCCAGUACGCCAAGCCUCGCUCCAGUCCGACCGAGAUGGUGGACGGCAAGGAGAUCCCAAGCUUCAGGGGCGACAUUCUCAACGGAUACCACGUCGACGAGCGAGACCUGGACCCGAACCGCUUGCUCAAGGCUUAUCAUUUCUCGGCCGCCACCCUCAACUACAUCCGCACGGCCAUCGCUUCCGGCAUCGCCGACUUGCACCGGCCACUGGAUUGGGGCCUGGGCCACGUCAAGGAUCCCGUGCUCAAAGAAAAGUACUCGGCCAUUGCCGGCAGCAUCCAGCAGACCCUCCGCUUCUUGCAGGUCAUCAACGCUCGGCCCGGCGAGCUCGAGACGGUUGAGCUCUUCACUAGCCACGAAGGCUUGCUACUCGAGUACGAGCAGCCUCUAACAAGGCUGCUCGAGGGGCCACCCCCGAUGCCUGGCCCGCCACCAAGCAGCAGGGCACCGAGCCGGGCGCCUUCACCGGUCGCCGAUGGCCCCGCAGCCAAGAAGGAGUAUUUCGACACGUCGGCACAUUUCAUCUGGAUAGGCGACCGCACGCGCCAGCUCGACCACGCCCAUGUCGAAUUCUUCCGAGGCGUCGCCAACCCCAUCGGCAUCAAGGUUGGGCCCUCCACGCCCGCCGACGACCUGCUGCACCUCCUCCGCACGCUCAACCCGGAAUGCGAGCCGGGAAAGAUCACCCUCAUCACCCGCUACGGCGCCGGCAAGGUCGGCGACCUUCUUCCCCGCCACAUUCGUGCCGUCGAAGACUCCGAGUAUCGCCGCUGCGUCGUCUGGCAAUGCGAUCCCAUGCACGGCAACACGCUGUCGACGCCGACGGGCAUCAAGACGCGCCGCUUCAACGACAUCUACCGCGAGCUGCAGGAGUCGUUGCGCAUCCACAAGGAGCAGGGAAGCUACCUCGGUGGUGUCCACCUUGAGCUCACCGGCGAUGCCGUGACCGAAUGCCUGGGCGGCAGCGAAGGGCUCGGCGAGGACGACCUAUCGACCAACUAUACGUCCUUUUGCGAUCCCCGCCUCAACGAAAAGCAGGCCCUCGAGCUGGCCUUCCUCAUUGCCGAUCACUUCUCUCAGGAGCAGAAGAAGGAAACGCGAUGA